AUGGCGGAAGCAAGCUCGGAUUGGGCUGAUCGGCUUGUCUCCGAUCAGGCGUUGUCGUCAGACGAGGAGGACUUUGUGUCAAGUCAAAGCACGGCGUCGGCAGACCGUGAAUCUCGCACUCAAGAACGUCUGUCCUCCGCACUCGGAAGGCUCCAUUUUGACACCCCGCAACUCGACAAUCCGAGUUGUGAUCAUAGCGCGACUCGGACCUUCACACCUGACGCCGGCGCUCCGGUCCUCGAUUCCUCGAUGGCAAAGCCCGAGAGAAAGAAAUUGGAGUUGCUUGAUUUGCCUUUGGAUGUGCUAAAGGACAUCGUCAAAGAGGUGACACACACAAAUGACCUCACCUCGCUUGCACUGACAUGCUCCGCCCUCCAUAACCUCACUAUCCCCCACAUGUACUCUCGCUUUGAUAUUGUCUGGCCUGAGUCGCUGAACCCAUCGACGGAGGAAUAUUCCGGAGUAGAUGCGUUAUCUUAUGGAUUAUCCACGCUGGUGAUGGGGGAGGAUGUAUUCCAUCAAAUGCCGAUGCCGAGAUAUGGCCAGUCCGCACACUCCUGUGCGCAUUGUGGCUGUGGCGAUCAUGCUCACCGGCCUGCUGGUGACGAGGCGCAGGCUGUUAUCCCCGGGUUUCACUCCCGACGAGGAAAUUACUAUGCGCAAUACACCCGUACGUUCUCGAUUGGCAAUGGUCCGCUGAGCUGGGUCCAGGAAUAUUCCGUGAACAGGGAGGUGGGAAAGAUGUUGGGGACACUGGUGGCCCUAGCCGUCGCGCGGAUGGUCAAUCUGGAGGCAUUUAUGUGGGACAUGCCAACGGGGGUAGUCCGUGAGAUCUGGCUUGCGCUUGCUUCCCUAGCAAACCGACCAGGUCACGAAUGUCGACUGGAACGAGUCUGGGUGCGGUGGCAUGAUAACUCGGAGCAUUCAAUGCGCCCCAGUACCGCGCUAUUGACAUCGUUGCUGACUACCAUGAAGAACACUCAUAUUGAACACCCUUCGCUAUCAGUAUUGCCACCGCUAAAGAGCGUGACGGUCCUUGACAUAGACGAAUCCGCUUAUGUCGAUGAGCUUGCUACUCUCAUCGAACGGUCUCGUAAUCGCUUGGCUGAACUGCGGAUUGGGAUUUCUUUAAAGGCUAGCAUGUUACUGUGGGUCCGCUGUGCCAAGGAGACCGAUAGUUCAUUUACCCCUACCAAGCCGUGGCCCAAGGUUGGUGGAGUACUCAGCAUCCUCUCCAAGCGUGAUGAAUCGGAGCAUGAGGACGCCUCGACAAGUUCCUCCGCUGAAGAGUCGGUGCCCUCGGAACCUUCUACCUGUCCAUCAACAACGGAAAAGCCUAAAGAAGGAGAGUCCGAGGUUCCCCAAGAGACGAACCCCUCACAGGGUGAAGAACAGCAAUCUUCUGUACCAACUACUGAAAGUGGACCUCUAUCAUCCGCAUGUGUUCCCAAGUCAACUUCCAAGACCCGUGUGCCUUACUAUGGCUCUCAGCUGAACACUGAUAAACUCAAUCUCGAGGUCCUUGAGUUAGAGAGAGUCCCACUACAUGUCCCAACUCUUCUGCCAACCAUCGAGUGGACACGUCUGACUACUCUAACGUUGAUGGCAUGCACGGAACAUGAGAAUCUCUGGAGAGCCUUGCGCCGAAAAUAUGCACCUCCACCCGUACCGGCAAACAAGCAAAAAUGCGAUCGUCGCUCUAGUCAUGAAGUCACGGAAUACUCACUUAACCUCAAGCACUUGCGGACAGAUAACGUGUCUGCCUAUUUGAUGCUGUUUAUCAAGGAGGCCAUUGCUCCAAAUACCCUAGAGAGCGUGUACCUGCAUGAAGCGCCGGGUUAUGAUUCAACCGUCCCGAUAGAUGCCAUCUACAAACACAUACUCCGCCGGCACCGACUGAGCCUGCGAAAGGUGCUCAUCGACGCAUCCGAGCGAUUAGGCACGGGCUCCGACAUCAUGACAAAUCGCUGGCACAAGUGGGUGCUCAAUCAAGAUAUGAUCUCGUUCGUCACGAGUGGCCGUAUGCCGCAACUCCGGGAACUGGGAAUGGCAAUGGAUCAUCGGAACUGGCAUCAUUUCCUACAGCGACUCCCUAAUAUGUCACGACUCUAUGCUCUCUAUCUAACGCACAUCGGCAACGCGGUCCAUCAGAACCUGAAAGAACUUGCCCUCCAAGUCCUGGACAUCGUCAGCAUACGCCCUGACCUGAAAAUCACCUACAUCGGCCUACAAGCCAGAUGCUACCAGAUCCUCGAAGGAGGCCGUGACGGAAGCGAGCCGUACUUUGACGAAGCCCAUGGAAUUGAUCACCCUUCAGAUCUCGACGAUGACGUAGAGGACGACUCUAUGAGUCCAACUGGUGACGAGCAUGAUUCAAGCAUGCCAGACGAUUCUGACCGUCUAUCUAGCGAUCUCUCUGACGGGUACGACACCGAGCAGGAGGACGAUGGUGUAUCACGGGUGCGGUUCCGGCUGCAGGAGAUCCUCUUUUACGACGACAAGAUAUCCGUUUUCAAGGCUCGCCAUGGGGUGAUUUAA